AUGGGAGGAAUGGGAGGAGGCGGGAUGGGGGGAAUGGGAGGAGUUAUGGGAGGAAUAGGUGGAGGCGGGAUGGGGGGAAUGGGAGGAGGGAUGGGAGGGAUGGGAGGAUUAGGUGGAGGAGGGAUGGGGGGAAUGGGAGGAGGAAUGGGGGGAAUGGGAGGAGGAAUGGGCAGUGGAGGACUAGGGUCAAGAGCUGGUGAGCCUUACCGCCUGGCCACUCACGAAGCUCCUACCUCUCCUAGACAUAUGCAGUCCAGCCAGGCCUCUGGAAUGGGGCAGGGUCCAGGGUCUGGUCAAGGGAUGGGUCACGGUCCAGCUGGGUCUAGCAUGGGGGGUCAUGGAGGUCAAAGUCCCGGUCAACAUGCCUCUCGCCGAAACCUCCAAGUUGACUUCAGUGGUUCCGGCGGCUCCAGGACAGGUCGGUCUCCUUCUUUGUCUCCUGACCGUGGUGUGACACCCACCUCACCAUACUCAGUGCCACAGAUAGCACCCAUGCCGAGCAGCAAGCUGUGCCCAGUGUGCACCACCACAGAGCUGUCUAACCCACCGGCUGUACCCAACUACAACACCUGCACCCAGUGCAAGGCCACUGUCUGCAACCAGUGUGGAUUCAACCCCAACCCCCACCUCACUGAGGUCCAGGAAUGGCUGUGUCUGAAUUGUCAGAUGCAGAGAGCUCUCGGCAUUGAUAUGACCACGCCUCGUUCUAAGAGCCAACAGCAGAUUCACUCUCCGUCCCACCAAGCCAAGCCGAUUGUCCAGCCUCAGCAGCCUGCGCCUCAGCCAACACAGCCGACAGCAGCAGCGCAGCCAAAAUCUUUGGCACAGAGUCAGCCCACCCAGCGGCAGCAGCAGCAACAGCAACCUCAGUCUCAGCCCUACAGCCAGACUCAGCCCUACUCCCAGUCGCAGCAGUAUCCACAGUCUCAGCAGCAGUCAUAUGCUUCAUCACAGCUAGGGUCCCAGACUCAGUCUUAUACAUCCCCUGGCUUACAGAGACAUCCAGGCCCUGCUGGCUCCCAGUCUCAUACAGGGCCUUCUCAGCAGGGCAUGAGAUCUGAUCCAUACUCCCAGACCGGUCCUGGAGCUCCAGGAACUAUUAGAGGUCCCACAGGAGGCUUUAGCCAACCAGGGGGUCCUCGGAUUCCUCAUCCUGGUGCAGUACCCCUCCCUGGUUUGACCAAGGCACCUUCCCAACCAGAUUUGGGUCGUGGUUCCCCAAUGCACCAAUCUAUGGCACGCCACGACCAGACCAGAAGUGCUGGAUCCUCCCCAGCCCACAGACCUCAGAGUCAGGCCCCUCCUGCCCAGGAUGGCCUGACCAAACUGUUUGGCUUUGGGGCAUCACUGCUUAAUCAGGCUAGUACCUUGAUCAAUGUUGACCCGCUACCUACUGCCUCCACCCAGCCAAGCCCCGCACGAGGCAAGGUGGUGUUCAGUAAUGCAACACCUGACAACAGGCAGCAACAACAAGGGACCACCAGUACUAAACCAUUCACUAUGGGGGGCCCUCAUGCUCCAAGUCAAAUGGGAGGUCCUUAUGCUCCAAGCCAAAUGGGGGGUCCUCAUGCACCGAGCCAAAUGGGGGGUCCUCAUGCACCGAGCCAAAUGGGAGGUCUUCAUGCACCAAGCCAAAUGGGUGGUCCUAUGGGUGGACCCCAUAUGCCAACCCAGAAGCAACAGCAGCAGACCGUGCCCCAACAACAAGAAAUGCAGAAGCAGUCACCUGCUCAUCAACAGAAAGGACAGCAAGGACAAAAAACACAGCCACAAGGACAGCAACAGCAGAAGACACCUACUCAUCAGCAGAAAGUGCAGCAGAAGCAGGAGCCUGUGGCAGCAGCACCUGCGGUUGCUCCAGAGCCUGUGAAACCCAAAGUGAACUGUCCUCUUUGUAAAACAGAGCUGAACAUCGGUAGCUCCGACCCACCUAACUACAAUACCUGCACGCAGUGUCACAGCCAAGUGUGUAACUUGUGCGGCUUCAACCCAACACCACAUCUGGUGGAGAAAAAAGAGUGGUUAUGUCUCAACUGCCAGACGCAGCGGCUGAUGUCUGGAGAAGGUCUUGAUGAGCCUCCACUUCCUGUUCCUCAUCCGUCUCCCAAGCACCAACCCACGGGCUCGCCUCGACACCAGACACCAAUCAGUCAGCAAAGUCCCCUCCACAAACCUACCACCCAGCAAGGGUCCAAGCCAGGCCAGCCCCAAACACAGAGCCAGAAGCCACAGGCGGGAAGUGUCGUUAGCAGCCCGUUUGCACCCGCAGCUGCCAAACAGCCAACUGAGACCAAGACUACAGCACCAUCCACGACACCAGUAACAACCACUGAGAUCGAGAAACAGCCAAAACCAUCAGAGGAAAAGCUCAAGACUGAGCCCGAGAACCAAACUUCCAAAGAGACCAAGCCCUCCCAGAAGAAAGGAGAGCAGAUCACACCGAUCAAGGACAUUAAGAAGUCCAGGCACUAUGAUGAUACAAAAAACAACAGCACCCAUGACUUGUCACGCAGCCCUCAGAGUCUCAGUGACACUGGUUACUCAUCUGAUGGUAUCUCCAGUUCCCACAGUGAAAUCACAGGUCUAAUCCAGGAAGAAGAGAUGAAGCUGAGUGAAAGGGGAAUCAGCAGCCGGGGCUCCCCACCAAGUCCCUCUGAAAUCACCAAGCUGGAAAGCUCCAUGAGGCCAUUACUAGAGAAGAGCUUCUCUGAAGAGAAGGCAGACAGAAGGGGGAGGAAGCACAGAGACAGAGAUUUGGAUGACAGAGGGAAGCAACGCCCACGUUCUCUGUCAAUCCCGCCAGAUGCAUAUGACUCUGAUGAGGAGCUGGAAGAUAUACUUGAGGAAGAAGAAGAUGGGGGAGACUGGGAGGGUAAGCGAAAGGAAGGGAAAGAGGAGAAGAAGGAGAAGAAAAAGAAAGAAAAGGAAGCUGAGCCCACAGAGAUGACCGAUGAGGAAUUCAUGAGGAGACAAAUAAUGGAGAUGAGUGCUGAUGAAGACAAUGAGGAGGAGGAGGAAGAGAUGGAGGAAGAUGAAGAUGAGGAAGACGAAGGAUAUGGCUACCAGAAACCCAAGAAAAGCCACCAUAAGCACAUAAUCUCUGACUCAGGGAAAGAAAAGAGACGCCUUCAGCACCAUUCCAGUAGUUUUGAGGAGGAGACUAAGAGCUCUACUGAUGUCUAUAAAGGCUCACUAGAAGAGGGUGAGGAAGAUGUGAUGGCAUCGCAAGGAGGUCUGAGGCGCUUCAAAACAAUUGAACUCAAUAACACCAAUAGCUACAGUCGAGACAUCGAGCUGAGCAAUGAAAACGACUUAAGCCUUGAUCGGGAACCAGAGCUAGAGAUGGAGAGUCUGACAGGAUCUCCUGAGGAACGUUCUCGUGGUGACUACUCCUCUACUCUGCCACCCACUUCAUCCUCAUAUGGCUCUGGACAAUCUCCUACGUCCAUCUCAUCAAUGGAGGAAGAUAGUGACAGUAGCCCCAGUAGGAGGCAAAGACUGGAGGAGGCUAAGCAGCAGAGGAAAGCACGCCACCGCUCUCAUGGCCCUCUCCUUCCUACCAUUGAAGAUUCUUCAGAAGAGGAUGAACUCAGAGAGGAAGAGGAACUUCUGAGAGAACAGGAAAAGAUGAGAGAAGUGGAACAGCAGAGAAUUAGAAGUACAGCAAGAAAGACCAAGAGAGAUAAAGAGGAGCUGAGGGCUCAGAGGCGCAGAGAAAGAUCCAAGACCCCACCUAGCAAUCUGUCACCUAUUGAGGAUGCGUCUCCAACAGAAGAGCUAAGACAAGCAGCAGAAAUGGAAGAGCUUCAUCGUUCCUCUGCUUCUGAAUAUUCGCCUCAAAGUCUUGACUCAGAGGCAGAGGGAUAUGAGUCCAAACUUUACAAGUCAGGAAGUGAGUAUAAUCUGCCAACCUUCAUGUCACUCUAUUCCCCGAUAGAGAAAACAACUGCAACCACCACCACAGCACCAUCUUCAACUUCCAAACCUCUGAAGAGUGCUGAGGAGGUCUAUGAGGAGAUGAUGAGAAAGGCAGAAAUGCUUCAAAAGCAGCAGAAACAACAACAGCAACAACAGCAACAUGGAAGACAUGGGCAGUACUAUGAGGAGGACAUUAAUGGGCAAAGUUAUGAUGAUGAGUAUGAAUAUGAGCAAGAUCAAACAGGAUAUGACAAUGAGGCAGCAGAGACAGAAACUGAUAUUUAUGAGGAGAUUAGACAAACAUCUCAGAACAUUACCAAGAUGCAACAGGCCACAGAUGAGCAAGUAGAGAUUGAAAUUGAGAGCUCUUACCCAGAUAAACAGCUCUUAGAUACAGGCUCAGCCUUUGCUAAGCUACUAGAGCAAAGUAAUGCUCUCCUUACACCAGGUACCAGUCCCACCCAGAUCUCAGCUCCUGUGUCCUUUGCUGAGACUGCAGGGCGAAUCCCUGAUGUCAGAGUAACACAGCACUAUUCUGCAAAGGAUGGACACAAAGAUAGACUCAAAACCCAAGCAGGAAAGAAUGGAAUAACUCCAACAGUGGCAGCAACCACUAUUGCAGCAUAUGGUGUUUAUGCUAGAGAUGCAGUAACUAUUUCUCAGACUGGUUCAAGCCAUACUGUUACGUCCACUCAGUCUGAAAUAGGUCGCAGGCAUAUGGGUAGUACAUCUGCAUCUUCAGCUACAGUCUCAAGCGUAUGCAGUAAGAUUGCAGAGAUUACCCAAGCCUACAGUCAAAGAGAAGUCAUUACCAGAAGGGUAGGGGAGACCAGGGGGAUCCAAGUGCGAGACAGCUCAACAUCUUCUAUCGAGAGAAUUAUUGAGCCCCGUUCUCCCAAGUAUACUACUUAUUACAGAAGCACCAGUCCUCCUCUUUCGCCAUCGCCACCACCACCGCAGAGUCCCACUCGCUCUCCUUCAAGAAGAGCUACAGCUGAGUUCUCUACACAGACUUUCAGUUCAGCAUUGCGAAUGGAGUCAGCAGGCUCUGGUCCUACUUCACCAGUAAUGGCUCAGGGAACCCAAACAUCACAUCGAUCAGUUUCCCCUAGGCUCUAUCGACAGCAAUCCUCUCAGGAUGCCCCAUACUCCCCUCCUUCAAGCCCAGCUAGGCCAACGACAGUCAAUACUGCAACUUCCCCACUGUCUUCUCCCACCCGAUUUAGCCGCCAAUCAACAUUUGAUACUUACUCUCCAUGUGGCAGCCCUCCAGACACACCACCUUACCACCACUCUCCUACACGGAGCUUUUAUCGUACACAAAGAGUGGAGAAAGUAAAUGUCGGAACAAGCAUGGUCACCACAGCCAGCAUAUACACCAGAGGGUCUGUUUCAAUGGAUAAUAUCUCCCUCUGUAGGAUAUCUACAGUCCCAGGGACUUCGAGGGUAGAGCAGGGCCAUAUGAUUCAUGGUGGAAGUGUUGUGGACCUUAGAACAGCUACCAAACCAGCUCCUAUUAUUAUAACUGACCAAGGAAUGGAUCUCACCUCCUUAGCCACAGAAAGCAGAAAAUACCAUGGUGGGCCAGAGGGUAGCAGACAUUCAACGAUUGUACAGCCACUGAUUAUGAACUUGAACACACAGGAAACCACCACACCAACCACUGUGAGUGUCACUGUAGCUGCUUCAAUGUUCAUGACCCAGCCAAAACAACCAACAGUUUAUGGUGAUCCACAUCAAAACCGAGUGGAUCUGGGACAAGGCAUGGGUUCAGCAGUUUGUCUCUCCCAGAAUAAACCAGUUUCACCUCCAACUGACCCAUCAAUACCAAAAAUUGAUGCCAAACUGGAAGACCUCAGUAUACAACAGAGAGAGCUUCAAAAACAACAAGAGAAGCUGCAGAAACAACAAGAGCUCCUGGAACAACAGUUGCAACACCACCAUCAGAUGCAACAACAGCAGCAACAGGCAUCUGUUUUAGCCAGGUACAACCUUACUGGCCCAAUCUCACCUUUACUGAAAAAAGAUUUGCUCGUCAGUCAGACAACCACUGCUUCAGCUGUGGUCAGUGCUGUAUCACCAAUCAUUAACCCUGAACUGUAUGGCGCUGGUCCAGUUGAACUCAAGGGAAAGCCCAGUCCUCCUGGUUUGAUAUCAGGGGGUAAAUUGCCACAUAGUAUGGUUGUACAAAUGGAUGGGGGGCCAGACCCAGCCAGGGCUGUGACUCAGCUCGUCAAGGUAGAAGAAGGACAGGAUGCUGUAGAUCUGACAGGAGGCCAAAUUAAGCCUGACAACCAAUCAACUUGCUGUGAUGUUGUUUAUCGACUUCCAUUUGGUGGAACCUGUGUUGGUGCUCCUGAGAAAGAAGGCAUAAGGCCUCCAUCUGCCCCACCUCUCACCUAUGAGUCUGACCAAGAAAGACAACCUGGAAGGUACCAUGAGUAUCCAAUGGAUGGGCGUAAGGCCUACACGUUACCUUUUCCUGGUAGGCUCCAGCCUUCAAUGUCUGAUACAAACCUUGCUGAAGCUGGGUUACAGUCUUACCAUUCUAAACUGGAACCACAUCUCCAAGGUUCAGGAGAACUUGCCAUGGAUUUAACUGCUAUGAAACAGGGCUAUGGAGGAUAUGUGGGGAUGCAGUAUGGUUCCUAUACAGAUUUACGGCAUGGAGGAGACAUUGCAGCACAAACACUGCCUAUCAGAAGAUACAAUUCCUUGUCCAACAUAAGUUCAGAUUAUGGCUAUUCUGCGCGUGACAUUGCUAACUUCCAAGAAGCUAACUUGGCUCAGUAUAGUGCCACAACUGCAAGGGAGAUUAGCCGAAUGUGUGCAGCACUUAAUUCCAUGGAUCGCUAUGGAAGCAACCCAGACUUGAUGCAGUUUGGCAGUUUGAGCAGAGGUACUGGGCCCAUGGCCUCCAGACUUGCAGCUGGUCUUGGCAUUAGGCAAAACCUUCUCUUUGGAUUAGAUGGGAAGCCAAUCUCUCACAGUCAAGCACUAACUAAUCUUAUCAAUGCCAGGCAGGCAAGUCUAAGAGCCAUGUACCCCGCUGCUAUUAGAUCCUCAGAUGGGAUGAUCUACUCAACUAUUCAGACUCCCAUUGCUUCUACACUUCCCAUCACAACCCAGCCUGCCUCUGUUCUUCGACCACUAAUAAGAGGAGUCUACAGGCCAUACCUCUCUGCCAACAUGACACCAGUGCCCCUAUCUAGUCUUAGCAGGCUACCAAUGAGCCCCAGAAUGCCCUUAUCUGGACAAGCUGCAGUCCGUUAUCCAGCACCAGGCCUUCUCCAAACAACAUCAGCCACCGACAUAAGUGCUGCUGCCACAACAACCUCAGCAACUGCAGGGGCCCUAGUGGGUGCUCCCAUGACAACUAGCUCAGUGGUCCAGGAUGAACCAGUUUACCUUGGCAAAGGUGCGACAGUGUCCUCUUCAUCAGCAGAGGUCACCUCGGUGCAAGGAACAGUUGUCAUACCAGCUGAUCAGCAGCAGCAGCCAAUAAACCUGUCCCAGGCACACCUGAGUAGCCAACAACAGAAACAAGUAACAACUGUUCAGCAGCCACAACAGCCUGCCCCUGCUGCACAUGCUUACCCACUUUCAGGUCCUGCACAAACACAUGGUUACACCCAACCUCCAGCAGUCCUGUCUGCCCCUACUGCUGGCUUACCAAUUCCAGGUGGUCUUCCUCCCUUCCCUCCACCAGGUGCCAUACACAAAGAGGGUGAAACUGAGGCAGAGAGACUGCACCGCCAGCAGGAGCAGCUUCUGCAGAUGGAGAGAGAGCGGGUGGAGCUGGAGAAACUCAGGCAAUUGCGCCUGCAAGAAGAGCUGGAAAGGGAAAGGUUAGAGCUGAAGUUGCACAGAGAGAAGGAGCAGAUGCUGGUGCAGAGAGAGUUACAGGAGCUGCAGAACAUCAAGGAACAGGUUCUGCAGCAGCAACAGCAUGAACGUGAGAAACAACUUGUUCUACAGCGGGAGCAGCUGGCUCAGCAGAAGUCCCAGCUAGAUCAGAUCCAGUCUUUACAGCAGCAGCUCCAGCAGCAGCUUGAAGAGCAGAAGAGACAGAAAACAGCUGCUGUCACCCAGAUCAUGCAGCUGGACGGACAGCCGAUGCACCCCUACGCAGACUCUCAUAUGGGCUCCCGUUCUCUGCCCAACUCCUCGUCAGAGAUGUGCCUGAGGAGCCAGGAGGAGCAAAUGGAGGCCAGGACCAACAUGAGAAAACACAGCUCCCUGAGCAGACUGACUAGAGAUAGCUUGGAUGGAGAUGGUGUGGUGUUCUACGGCUCCCCCCGCAGGAUUGUGGAUAGCUGUGUGCAGACUGACGAUGAAGAUGGAGAGGAGAGGUACAUGAUGCGUCAUCGCACCAGGAGGCGUGGUCGCAGCGUUGACUGCUCUGUCCAGACGGAUGAUGACGAGGACAAGGCUGAGACAGAGCAUCCGGUCCGCCGAAGGCGCUCGCGUUUCUCAAGGCACUCUGAGUCCAGUGCAGCUGGCAGCAGCACUGCCACUACAGCCACCUUAGCUACUGAUACCAAAACUGACAAAACUAAGAUGGUUUCCUCCAAUAUUGGCGUUCAAACAAUCAGGGAAAUGUCUUGCCAGACGGAAGUGGAGCACCUAGGAAGAGUCUCCCCAGCAAUCCAUGUGACAGUACCAGACCCUAACAAAGUAGAGAUUGUGCACUAUAUCUCUGGACCAGAGCGAACUCAAAAAGGACAAUCUCUAGCUUGCCAGACUGAUCCAGAAGCCCAGUCACAGGGAGUUGUAGCUCCACAGCUAAGCGUACCAACCACAGUCAGUCCAUAUUCGUCCUCUGCCGGUACUGGCACACAACAGUCAGGUUCUGACCUUCUCACCCACCAACGCCAGCAGCAGAUUGCUGCAAAUGCUGCCAAAUUUGAGCGACGACGCCCUGACCCACUCGACAUUAAUUACCAGCCUCACAACCAUCUCCACAAUGAAUCGAUCUCCAGCAUCAUUCGCCAGCAGCAAACAGCCCCCAAAUCUCCACAAGUCCUCUACUCUCCGGUCUCUCCGGUGUCCCCUCACCGCCUCAUAGAGACUUCUCUGUCAAGCGAGCGACUGAACAAGGCCCACGUAACACCUCAGCAGAAGUCCUACACAGCCGAAUCUCCCCAGCGACACCCCUCUGUGCCCCGACCCAUCAAGAGCACUCAGAGGUCAAUGUCAGAUCCCAAGCCUCUAAGCCCCACCACAGAUGAGCACACGAAGGCCAGGUUGUCCCUGUAUCAACAACAAGCACUUCAGAACCAGCUGGCAGCCCUACAGCAGAGCUCACUGCUCCGCAAGGUCAAGCGAACCCUGCCCAGCCCUCCUCCAGACGAGACUGUUACAUCAGCUCACCUGCCCAUGAUGACACCAGCCCUCCAACAGGUCUACCUGCCCUCCGUGCCCAGCCUCAAGCCCAGCUCCAGGUCUGGCCUGGCUGCGAAAGCCAGCCUCCUCAAAGACCUCACCCAUGAGCUCAAGGCCGUGGAGCAAGAGUCAACCAAGCUGAGAAAGCAGCAAGCUGAACUAGAGGAAGAAGAGAAAGAAAUUGAUGCUAAGCUGAGAUACCUUGAGCUGGGGAUCCACCAAAGGAAGGAGACAUUGGUCAAGGAGAGGGAGAGAAGGGAUAUUGCCUACCUGAGGUGUAUGGGGGACACCAGGGACUAUAUGUCUGAUAGUGAGUUGAAUAACUUACGUUUAGCAGCUGCAGCUGCGUCACAUGAGAGUAAUGGGCUACUAACAACCAGACCAAGCACCGCCCCUCUCAGCCAGUUCACCAGUGACCUCAACACCGCAGCCCAAUACCCACCCACCUCAUCCUUCCUUUCUUGUCAGUACCCCCAAAGCCAACCAGCAGCUCCAUCUCAGCAACCAAGUGUACCAUACCAGUCUGCAACAUUCAACCAGCCUCCCUACCCAACAGUGUCACAGUCACAGGCACUGCCACAACCCACUCCCCUUCAAACCCAUGCUCCCCCUCCUGGACCUACCUAUCAACCUCAAACCUCAUAUCCUUCUCACACCUACCCCCAAACUCAGCCCCCAUACCCCCAGACAGACAUGGGGUUACCAGCUGCACCUCAGCCUCAGCCUCAGCCAGGGCAUACAGGUUUUGGGCCAGCACCACCCGGUCAGCCACCAUACCCCACCCACAGCUCACCCUAUCCCAGCGCUGUGUCCUCCUACCCCAGCCAGACCACACCAUACCCUGGUCAGCCCCAAGCUGAUAUCCUCACAGUUCAUCCAGGAAGACCGAGGCAGACUUCAUUGGCCGAUCUAGAGCACAAGAUGCCCACCAACUAUGAGACUAUUAGCAACCCUACUGUUGUGGUUACCACUACGGCUCAGGAUGCUACCUAUUCCAGUGGAGCCCCAUCCUAUGCUCAGUACACUGGAGCAACAACCAUGGCAAGCUCGUAUGGGCCCUAUGGGUCAGCACCAGUGUCCAGCAGCUACGGUGGGUACUCAACAAUGCCCCCCAGUACAUAUGGCCAAUAUACUUCCACUACCACAAGUUCAUAUGGCCAGUAUACCACAACUACUGCUAAUACUUAUGGCUACACCACCACCACAGCCAGCUCAUAUGGACAGUAUACUUCCACUGUGUCCAAUGCCUACGGGCACUCUGUAGACAGUCCUUCCACCUACAGCACAGCAGAUGGGAUGUAUGGGGCUCCUGGUUUAGAGCAAAACAUUCCGAGGAACUACAUGAUGAUAGAUGAUGUUAGCGAGCUGACGGCAAAAGAUGGGCUGGGCACGAUGACAGGGGACAUGAUGCAUCAUGGCGGCAGUGGGCGUUACCCGGGCGACAUCCACAGCCACAGCAGCACCACUGGCACGACGCGUGGGGGAACUGGCAGCUCCCCUUAUGGCAGGGCACCCGAGGAGGAAGCAGCGAUGCAGGAAGAGCUGUACGACCACCAUGGCAGGGGUAAGAGCAGCUACAGGCACGGACCUCUAGGGGGCAGCAGCAGCGCUAGCAUGGGUGGGGGAUCCCCCUAUUUCUAUGACUUCGACUACAAACAUGGCAGCAUCCGCUCUGGGGUACAGAAACCUUCACCGUCCUCCAGAACCCUUCUGGCUCCUGCUGUCAUGUCAUCCAAGCGCAGCAAGCACAGGAAGCUGGGGAGUAUGGAGCAAAAAAUCUCCAAGUUUUCCCCGAUUGAGGAGGCACGGGAUGUGGAGGCAGACCUGGCCUCCUAUUCCUCAGUGACAGGUGCGGCUUACCCCUCCUCUCACAUUCGAGGACGCCAGCUGAUCGAGGAUUAUGGUUUUAAGAGGAGUGCUUACGACAGUGGCAGUGGCACCACUCAUGGUAGUCGAUACUAUGGUAUGACGGUGGAUGAGGACGAUCGAAUUUACUACACCUCCACUGGCCGUUCCCGCUCCACUGGCUACGGCAUGGACAAGAUCUCAGCCAGGGACUACUCCGGGUAUCGCAGCCGAUCCUAUGAGAGGGACGACCGCUCCUAUCGAUCUGGCUACAGGGGGCGCCAUCCAACCCGACAAUACUCUGAAGAGGAGAGUCCCCUGAGCCCUUUGGGGAGGUUCAUGGGUUCUGGGCGAUCGUCAAGUUUAGGUCCCGACCCGUAUGACAGUCACAGCGGUAGAUAUAAAUACUAUUAUGGCCAUUAUGGUUCCAGUCACUCGCUGCCAGAUGUUCAAGACCACAUAAGGGACCUUCCCCGGACACACGUCUACAAAUCGGAUGAUACAUACUUUAUAGACGAUUAUCAUUGCGCUGUGUCAGACAGCGAAGCCUACCAUCUGGGCCAAGAAGAAACCGACUGGUUUGAGAAGCCACGCUCCAGUUCUCGUCACUACGGUAGCAGCCACACUGGGAGGAGCCGGCACAGUGUCAAACACACCUACCAUGAUUAUGAUGAGCCUCCUGAGGAGGACCUGUGGCCCCAAGAUGAGUAUGGCCACACAGGGCGACACUCAUCAUCUCGCGACCACAGACACCAUGGCAGUUCUAGCCGCCAUUCUUCCUCCUCACGUCAUUCAGAUGAGCCUAGGUCCUCAAGAUCCUCUAAGGGGCACCCCAAAGACCCAUCUAUGCGCCAUGAUCCCUCAGGAAGAUCUUCAUCUUCAGGAAGACGUGUUGACUCAAGAUCCGGUGGGUACCACUCUUCCGACUACUCCCGCGACUCAUCUGGGCAUCAUCAUGGCCAGCGUUCCUCCAGACAGGGCGACCCACACAGGUCUUCACGUAGCAAGUCCCAGGGUCCAGUGGACAUGCAGGGGCAGCCACCAGGCUCCUCAAGGUCUGGCAGUGGCUCUGCUAGGGCUCAGGGAUCUGCUGGUGGGCCUACGGGAUCAGGACGGCAAGGUGGCCCGGGUUCCCAGACAGAUGGGGCUCCGGGACAGAGGGCUCAACUCCAGCAGCAAGCCCAGACUUCAGCAACCAGACCAGGGCAGCCCGGUGCCACAACAACCACUAGCUCCCAGCAGCAGCCCCAAGCCCAAGGACAAGGCAUGGGCAUGGGAAUGGGAAUGGGAAUGGGACAGGGCCCGGCCAAACCGGGGCAGAUGGGACCAGCAGGUGGACCCAUGGGCCAAGCCAGGCAGACAGGUCCAACAGGAACCACAACAUCCACAAUUCCCAAGAUCGACACACCUCCAGCAACAGCUAUUGGAGCAAAAGCAGCACCUGUCUUGGCCUCAAAGACUGCCCAGCCCCCGCUCACAGGCAUAGGCUCCAAAGCUGCUCCUAGACCUGGUGGUAUUGGCAGUGCUGCAGCAGGUCAGCCGGGCAUGGAAGGAGAAGGCAUGUUUUCCAAGAUCCUGCCUGGGGGAGCUGCCGAGCAGGCUGGCAAACUGGGAGAAGCGAUCUCUGGUUUUGGCAAGAAGUUCACCUCUUUCUUCUGAGGUGCUAAGAUUAAGGACUAUUCAAACAGCCAUGAGGCCUCAUACCAGAAAAACCUGUUGCGUUACCCCUGCUUUUAUUUUACUAAAAGAGAGAGAGAAAGGAGAGAGAGAGAGCGGGGAACAGAGAGGAGAGCUGAGCAAACUGCCGACAAGGACUGAAAUCCUCUGGAUGCUUCAUGUUACCAGCUUGAGCACGCACUGGCAGAGAGAAUACACCGCUCUCUCUGACAGGCCAGACAAUAAAGUCCAAGCCAGGAUCCAACUUCUGAAGGAGUCUCUUCAUCCAUCCGGCAGUUCCAGCCAAAGAAGCAGAUGUGAAUAUUGCAGAGUCCUUGACCCAACCAACCCACAGUUCUUCCAAAUCCAAAAGAGCAACUGGGAGCUAAAAUUGGUCUUUGCUUUUGGUUUUCCUUGGAGAUCUCCACAGCUGAGGGAGACAAGUGGAACCAACUCAGGCCCUCCAUGUAGAUUUAACAUCAGUGGACGGAAAUAUGGUUGGUGUAUAUGGGUGAUGCAGUUCUGUUGUCAUGGGCUGAUGUUCAUUCCCGCUAACAGCAUAUAGGAAAUGCUGGCUUUACCAAGCUGGUGGCAUGCAGGAAUCUUUGCAUUCAUAGUCCUUUGCUUGUUGCUAAAACAAGGAAACGUAUCAACCAAACUCCCCUCUCUCCUCUUUUCCGUCUCUUUUUGAAGUAAAGAAAGUGUGGGGCAAACGGAUUAAACCGUUGGAGAACUGCAGGUUUUUCUGGUACUAAAGACUUCUUGUUUGCUGACAAAAUGAAGAAACAGAAACGUCUCUCUGAAUGAAUAAGAUGAUGACAAUGACGUGGCCGACACAGAGGGAGCGUGUUGGCAUGCAUUUCUUUCCACGGUUUGCUCUGUUUUUAUCUACAUUCCAGAUCGGAACUGUUCCCUCUUCCUCACCUCUCUGCAUUUCUUGAAUGCCGAUUCUUCUUUCUUUCCAGUCCCUGUCAAACGAUCCACAACUCGCCAUGUCUUUAAAGAAGUGGAUUUAAAAAAAAAAAAAGAAAAAAAAGAAAUUUGGAAUGCAUGGAACUUUAUAUCCAAGACCUUACACUGUUCAUCGUUACUUAACAGAGGCCAUAAAGACACUGGAAACACAUCGACAUAAACAGUAACGAAAAAGAGAGAUUACUGAAGCAACACACAAGAAUCCGGCCACGGGAAUAAGAGGAGCAUUUACUUUUAUUGUGUUUUUGUUGUUAUUUGUUAUGUUCGGUAUGUAGAAUGAAGCUAUAAAUGGUUGGAUUUUUAUUUAUUUUUUAACCAGCCAUUGCAAAGCCAUUAAGACAAUAUUAGCCUGCAGUGCUUGUGGCAAUCUCCGCAAAAUUUGUUUCUCGGAUACUGCUCGUGUUGUCGUAGGUGGUUGUCACUUUUGUUGAUUUCUUUUGAUUUAUUUAGUUUUCUAAUCUAUUUUUUUUUUAAUUUGCCUGGUUUUAUGUUGCAGGUUACCAGUAUCGCCUUAAUCAUUUUUACAUGUUUUAUUUUCAGGUAAGAGUGGCAUACUUUUUUAUGACAUCCUGUAAACACAUCAUCCGUCACUUCCUUUUUUUUUUUGUUUUAUGUAGUAACAUCAGCUGGAACACUGGCCACAGAGAGAUUAAUUUCUAUUUUUUUAAAUUGACAUUGUUUUGAUAAUUUUUUGUGAUAUUAUUUUUCAUUUCUAUUUUUCAUUUUCUAUUGUUUUUUUUACCCCCUUCCAUUAUAUUUUUCCUGACUCUUUAUUUAUUGUGAAUAAUUAUAAAAGCAAUAGGGCAAGAGGCGAUGAAGUAAAGAGCACAAUCAUGUGUCAUUUCAAGAGUUGGUGGAAUAGAAAUGUGUUGCCUCCGUCUGUCUAACUUACCACCGAUGUCUGACUUAAAAGUACCGCAAAAUUCACUCUUUACACUGCUGUGCCAGAGAGCAGGAGUUUGCCUGAUCACCACAAGUCCGCCCAGAUCUUUCCCUCCGACCGGCAGUAACCUGUUUUGGAGUGUUACACUGCUACAUAAGCCGGCUGGAGUCUGAUCGAAAAGCACUGCAGGGCAGCACAGAGGCACUCGAAAAGCAGACCAGUCCACACACUGAGGCAGAGCUGAACUUGACGUCAUUUCCCGUCGGGAGUCAGGGGAAGGGGGAGUUGUUUGUGCCCGAGGACGAUUCUUCCGGCCACUUCAACGCUCCUUUUAGGGAGGCUGGAAAAGGCUCAUCUGAGCUCUUCGCACUCGCGUUUUUGUCAGCAUGCGCCUUCACUCUGUCACAUGUGCACAUGAAAGCACACUCUAAAUGGUGUCAAAAAGGGAAAAGAAUUGUGACUGAAGAACCAGAAAUUAACACAUUUGGUUGUGUCACACAAAGUCACUUGCCUCCCCCCCACCACCUUUAACUUUCUAUCGUUGGUGGCAUCGACAACUCUACCCCCCUCCCCCCAAAAAAACCCUCUCUCUGAGACUGCCAGCUGUCAAGGAAUCUUCUCAGGUCAGUGUUACCCUGCUGUUGCUCCUGCAGUGUAUUGUGGGGUCUGUGGUAAGGUACUCAAAAUGUACUCUGCCAGGCCAAUCAUUGCGAGGCCCUCAGCAAAACUAAAUGGAACCAACCAACUUCUGCUGUAUAUUGUCUGUGUGAACGCUCGCUGGGAACCUUCGCAUGCCUCCCGGCGCAGAAAACCUCAGUCACCUCUAUAUCGUUCUGUUCCUAAUGUUUGUACGUGUGUGCGGGUUCUGUAUGCGUGUAUUUAACAACCAUCAUCUAAUGUGGAGGGGAAAGGAACACAAAAAAAACCCUGAAAAAAACAAGACAACCACGAGUUUAAUCACGACAAAUAUGGUGGGCAGAAGAGGCGACCUCUCAUCUCCAGUCGUUCUAUGCAAUGAAUCAUAUUUGGAAAAUCACGAGGAGGAAAAGGCAAGUGAAACACACAGA